UGAAAAGAAUCAUGGCCGUCUUGAGUUUAAUUUUCGGAAUAUACACAUCGUGUUUUCUAUUUGGUUUCACAGAAUGCAGCCAUGAUAAAUACUGCUACUACUCCAUUGCUUACUUAUAUUAUUGUGAAGACAAAUGCGAAAAUGAGCUGGAGACUGGAGCUCUGAUAGGAAGUAUCUUCGGGGGAAUUUUCGGACUUGCCAUAAUCAUUGGAAUAACUAUUUGCGUCUCGAUCAAUAUCUACAACAAACGGAAGACGAAUGUCCAACCCCACAAUGGAGCCAUUAUUUACCAUUCUCACACUCUCCCCCACCCACAAGGAACCGUCCACCACAGCAUUGCAACCCAACAAACCUUUAGAUAUUGAUGUUCGGCAAAGGAUAGCACCAGCAAAUAUGAAUCUAUCAAGGAAAGAAUCAAGUCUUUUUUGUCAUACAGAACAGUCUUCUUCCAUUUGAGUUAACAUUGUACUUAAUUACUACCAUAGAGAAAUAAAGAACAAAAGACAUUUUUCAAUAGCAAGUUAGAAUUUACUAACUAUAGAUAAAAUACUUUGACAGAAAUGAUGCUAAAUUCAUUGCUAAAUUGUGAGUUAUAUAUGUUUGUGUCUUAUAAAUGUGUACAAUCUUACAUAAAUAAUUAUAGCAAGAAAAAUAUUCAAAAUCUUUUGAUUUGCAGCUUGUUUUGUCUUUUAAGU